GUCCUGUGGGCAAUAGGCAACCAACUAAGACUACAAACGUAUUGUGCCAUUAAAGCACAGCGUGACAACAUCGCAGUUAGAGAAAAGUUUAAGUCAACUACAGAAGAUGGAACCACACUGAUUGAUGACGAUUCUACAUUUUAUCUGCACAAUACGGAUAUCAUCACAAGAUUCUAUAAAUCGGCUGUACCAUUAGAAACAAUCAUGGAUACCUUUACACUGACAAACACAGUGACGGGAAAAUGUUUUGAGGAAAAUGCGAUGAUUGAUGGCCUCGUUUACAUGCGAUUACUGAGGUACACAGAUGCUGUAACAUCCUUCAGCAAGGUUUUGGAAGAAACACCGCAUGAUAUGAUUACAUUGUCUUACUUAUGUACUGUUUAUUGUGCGAUGAAUGAAAAUGAUAAAGCUUGUGCGAUAAGUAAGAGUGCAAUUGAAUAUGCCGAAAAAAAUGAUGUGGACCAAUCACUCAUUCUCCGUAUGAAGUGCCAACUUGGACUUGCUAAUCUUUAUACAUAUGGUGACUAUAAAUUGGCCAACAAACUUUUUCAUGAGUUGCUAGAUAAUGAUGUGAUAAUUCCAAAUAAACUGGACCAUGGGACUCUCCUCCUAAACCUUGCCUAUUCUUACAGUGGCAUGGGAAAUGCCGACAAAUCAAUAGAACUCAAUCGGAAAGCAAUAGCUGUUAUGGAAGGAAAUGACAGUUCUACACUAGCAGUAGCCUAUAACAAUCUUGGGACUACCCUUGCGCGUGAAAAGAAAGACACAAAAAAUGGUUUACAAUACCUGCAAAAGGCCUUAAUGAUGAGGUACAGAUUGUUCGGCAAUGUUCCAAAUGUUGUCAUCAAAGAGAACCUAUAUCUACUAGCACAUGUCUGGUUUCAACUCGGAAACGUCCAAAGAGGUAAACAAAUGGCGAUUGAAAGCUAUGAAAUGCAGAAACAUCUUCAAAAAAUCAACAACGUCAAGGAAGAUCCUACGUGGAAUUUGAAUAUCAUCGGCUACGCUUACCUCAAGACUUAUGAAAAUGAACAGGCAAUAGAGUACUUUAAAGAAGCCAUUGCGAUAAAACUUGCUUCUCCAUCAGAGCAUCAACGACAAUAUUCCGAACUGCUGGCAAUACUGUACAACAAUCUGGGAUACUCCUACCACAACAGUGGGGAUAUUAACGCAGCUUUGAAAAACUACGAAAAGGCGCUUGAAUGGAUGAUUGAUACUCAAACGGAGUUCUUCUCUCUUUAUGGUUACUUUUCUUUGAAAGCAAGGAUACUGUACAAUAUAGGCAAUGCUCACAUCAAACAGGGCGAGUAUAGAAAAGCCAUUGACAACCUUCAGAGAUCUACAGAACUCAGAGAUGAACAUGUUGACGUUGAUACGUUUGAGGCACUUGACCUUGUAAUGUCUGUAUCUGCACUCGCAACCACACUAUCUUUACAAGGGGGUCUACCCGAGGCUUCAGUUCAACUUACCCGCUCAUUAAAGCAAUUGGAUAACAUUCCAGAUGAACAAAAAACAUCAUACCUAGACAUGGGGAAAAUUUAUAACAAAAUUGGGACAGCGUCUCGUGUAUUAAACAACCACAAAGAAGCAAUGGUAUACCACCAGUUAGCUUUAGAUACAGCAAGGCAGAUAUAUGGGAAGGAUACAGAAUCACUAAUACUCCUGGCAGAGGUACAGGUUGAACUGCAUGAAAAGCCUGGUACAGUCAAACAUAAUUUAACGUGUGCUACCAAAAUGUUGAAUGCAAUGCACAAAGGCCAGUCACAUCCUGAUUUGGAGUACAUUGAUAAACUCUUGUCUAAAUUGGAGACUUAGACACUCAUUAUCACCGAUAAUACAAGACAACACUCUACUAUACCUUGCAUUUGGUGUUCAUGAGCAACCCAUUUGGCUUAUUAGUAAUAAUAAUGUUAUUUGUUUUUAUUUGUCUGUUC